AUGUACGAUACUCAUGAUCUGAGACAUGUCGAAAAUAUGCUCGACAGCCUCCCUAUCACGGACGAAAACGUAAAUUUAACUCUCAACAUACCGUCUCAGGAAGAUAUUGUGCGGACGCGAUGUGUUUCUCUCGACGUUCAAAAUCAAUCCCAAUCUUCGCUCCCGCUCAUCCAUCGAAUGCCAGACGAAAUGCUCGGAGAAAUAUUUUUGGCUUGUCUCUCACCACACUGCACUAGGGAAGCACUAAAGGACCAAGAUCGCCAAUUUCCCAUCCUACCUAUGUUUGUAUGUCGUCGUUGGAGAAAUGUUGCUGUAUCAACGCCAAGAUUAUGGACACAACUUGACAUCGAUAUCCCGCGAACAAAGCGCGUAUCGCUUCGUCGUCAGCAAAUUCAGGAUCAAAUCGCUAGGUCUGGAGUGUGCCCGCUUGAUGUGUCUAUUUGGUUCCCGGAAGUAUGUGGCCGUCAAUGGGAGGAAACGGACGGUCCGCGUUACGACAAAGCCAACCAGCUUACGGGGCCUCUGUUCUCUGAACAGCAUCGGUGGAGGAGUGUUCGGUUAGAGGGUGCUUCGCAGAUUACAGAGAUACUCACUCAACUAAACCCUUCGAAGUUGACGGCGCUGGAAGAAGUCGAAUUGAAUUUAGACGGAAAAUUUUAUUCGUCACUUCCAGCAGACUUCCUUCAGGCUCCAAAAUUAAAGCAUCUUGGGCUUCGACGACGUCUUACAGUCCCCACCAUUUUGUCUACGCCAUGGCAUAGACUGAUACAUCUCUCGUUUACAGUUUGGGAGAUGCCCGACUCAUCUCCUACACAAACGCUCGCUGAGAUGCUCGCUUUAUGUCAAAAUCUCACAAGUUGUUUCAUCCGUUUAUAUGGAUGGGUUUACCGAACCCCAGACACCACCGAAUCAGACCAUUAUCCUUUGAUUCGACUCCCGAACCUCUCAACGCUCAAAAUAUAUGAAGGCAAACCCUCUAGCAUCCAUACUUCAUGGGACUUACCUCGAUUACGCGACGUUGAAUUCCAUGUCACCGAAGUGAUUCCCCCACACGACCAAAGCGCAUCCCUCCGCGCGAUCAUCGAGCGUACAGAAGGUACCAUCCAGAAAUUGACGACUCAGAUCGACAUGCACAAGCAAGGUGAUCUUAUUGGAUGCCUUGAUCGCUGCACGGAUCUUCGGUCACUGGUGCUAGAGCUUCCUCCGCCAAUCCAUGUUGGCAGUCAGGCGGGUUGGGGGUAUGCCUUAGCAUACCCCACUGAGCCGGAGGGACUACCGCAUGACGAUCUGUUGGAGUGCUUGAUGCCUGGCCACGGACCAGGAAAUACAACGAGGUGCCCUAAGCUGGAGAGCUUUCGAUGGUGUACGGAGCGCCAGGAUGUGUCCAAACUCAAACACAUCGUUGUCAAUUUUGGGAACGAUUGGAAAGAGACCAAGAUGCUCGAGAGCCUUGAAAAACUCUCGGCAUUUAUUGAGGACGGACUCGUCGUAGAAUUUCUGUAG